AUGUUACGACGAGCUCGUAUUUUAUAUAAACAAAUUUUAUGUUAUUUUCCAUCUUAUAAAGAAGAUAUUCGAAUAAUGAGUGCUCUUAUUGAUAUGUUUGGAAAAUGUACUGAUAUUACUACAGCUCAAGAACUAUUCGAUACAAUUGAAAAUAAGAAUAUCAUUUCUUAUAAUGCUCUGAACGUCUUUCAUUUCAAAGGUCUUAGCGGAGAUGACUUGAAAGCUUUAGAAAUUUAUAAUUCAAUAUUAACUCCUAAUGAACAAACUUAUUCAAUUAUUCUUAAUGCUUGUUCACAUUCAUUACUUGUUAAUGAAGCUGAACAAAUAUUUGAUUUGAUACCAAUAAAAUGUCGAAAUGUUUUUAUUUAUGCAACUAUGAUUCAUGCAUUUUGUCGUGCUUUAAAAAUCAAUCAAGCUCUAAAUCUACUUAGUCAAUAUGAACAAACUAAUAAUAAAUAUCCACCAAUGUAUAUAACACUAUUAAGUGCUUAUGCUCGUCUUCAAAAUAUUAAUAAAGUGAUUGAAAUGCGUGAUCUUAUUGAAGAAUACUUUCCAAAUAAUUUCCAUAAUAUUUCAUCAGCAACAAUACUUUUAGCAAAUACUCAUGCUUUUCUUGAUAAUAUGAAUGAAACUCGACGUUUACGUACAAUUGCAACUGAAAAAAAUAAACUUAGUGGAAUAUCAUGGACAGAAACAAAUGAUGGUCGAAUACAUGAAUUUAUUGCUCAUGAUGUUCGUAUAAAUAAAAAUAUACAUUUUCAAAUUUGA